CCCUGACGUUGAAUAUGGCUUCUAAGCUGACUUCUUCUGUACCAGUUGACCCUCCAAAUCAACUGACAAUUAAUGAUCUACCUGAGGUACUUCAAUUACUCAGAAGACAUGGUUAUUCAGGAACCAGUUACUAUAGUCUCUUCUUUUGUCUUGGACUAUUCCCUGCUACACUAAAUGUUAUUAUAAAGAAUAAUAGUGGUGAUUCUGAGAGUUGUCUGCGUGAUUGUCUCAAGGUAUGGUUACAGAAAGCUGACGAUGUACAGGAGACUAAAAGUUGUCCUACGAUCUAUUCAUUGGUAUCAGCAUUGAGGGAAUUAGGAGAGAAUGGAGUAGCUGAUGGAAUAGAUAUGGAGAAGCAUCCUGCUUGUAGAAUUCUUGCUCGUUAUUCCUCAAACCAGUUUCUAUUGUCUGCAUUACCUCAGCUAGGCAAAAUUUUAUCAUCAGAGGUGAUUGGAGGGAUGACAUUGUCUGAAGGAGGAGUUUUGUUGGCUCAAAUAAAAAAAAUUAUAUGUAAAGAUUAUAGAAAACUGGGGGCAUUUGCUGAUAUUUUAUGUAAAUACACAGCCACUGCUGAGAUAGGAAAUGCAAUCAUGAGAGACUACAGAGAGGCUUAUGAGAGUGAUGAUGAGAAUGUGAAAGUGCUAAAGAUUUAUCUUCCUGUGAGUAUCAUUUCAGAGUUUAAGUCGAUUCAAUUAAAGUUUGGGCAAACCUUCAUCAAAGCGAAACUAAUUGUGAUGAGGAACCGUUAUUCUCCAGGAUCAUCCCUUGAUAAUAUCAAAAUUGUAUUGGGAGCAUAUGACAAAACAUUGAGUCCUCAAGUAGCUCAGUGUCAAAAUAUCCGUGACGUUUUUGUAUUAGUUUGUGAUAACAGUUCACUUGAUGACAUUAGUAUGCUGGAGUAUUUCGUUAAUGUGUUUUAUAUAGAGGAGGCUAAGCCAGUUGUUGAGGACUAUAAAGAAGCUGUUGAGAAUUUAAAAAUGAAUCUCUGUCAAUUUUUGGAAGAAGAGCUUUUAAAAGCAUCAUCAGUACUUGAGUCUGUUACGAUUGUCGUUGAUGAAGAUACUAGCUCUUUAGUACUUAAAGAUGUACAGAGACUGUCAUCAGCUGUAUUACCAUAUCGUAUGAAAUUAAAUGUCAUUAGACGAGAUGGUGAUGAUAGUAUGUGGCGAGUGUGGAAACGAAAAUCAUUCAUUAAGAGUUUUGAUGACGCUGCACACAGUAAAGAUACCACGUUUGCAACUGAAUUAACUAAAUUACCAGGAACAACAGAUUCAGUGGGUCAUUCUUACCAGGAGAAGGAGGAGGAAGACAGAAAGGAUGAGAAUCAAGUUAUGUUGCUACAGGAGAAAGUUGAAAGUAUUCAAAAGCAACUGGAGGAAGAAAAGGAACUCCAUGAAAAAGAGAAACAGUUUCAUGAACAAGUUAUAAAAGAAUGUGAAGAAGAAAUAUUUCAUCGGAAAAUGACACUCCCUUAUUUUCUAAGAGAAGAAAAAAUAUCAGCACUUGCUGAAAAACGAAUUGCAGAAAAAUAUAAAGAAUUGAUAUCAGACAAUGAACUUACACAUGAACAAGUUGAGGAGCUUCAAGAGGAACUGAAAGAAGAGAAAAAAAUAUCCUCUAGUUUAAUGAAACAGAAAGAAGAUGAUUUAAAAGAGAAAGAGGAAUUACAGAAGAAGAUUGAUGAUCUUCAACAAGAAUUAGAACAAGUAUUAGUUCAGAGUGAUUACACUGUCACUCAGUCAGAAUUACAGAGUAAAAUACAAAAGAUUAAAAGUGAAAGUGAAACAUUUCAAAAACAAAGGAAAGCAUUGAUACUGGAGAAUGAAAGAUUAAUGUCAUUAAUUAAAGAUCAUAAUGUACCAAUAGAACAGAAAGAAGAGUAUGAGAUAUUACAAGAGACUGAGACUGUACAUACAUGUACUUAUAUCAGUAAAGGGGAUAUAUUACAAUUAUCAGUGAUACUGGAACCAGUUGAAGAUGACUGGUAUCAUAUUGGACAGUGUCUUGAAGUGAAGGAAUCAGUGUUAACUGAAAUCAAAGAGAUGACACCAGUUGAUUCAAGAUUAACUCAUGUACUUGAGACCUGGUGCCAUGAGAAGGAUAGAACAAUAACUGAACUGAAGGAAUCAUUGAAAAGAAUGGAUAGAGAUGAUAUACUGGAAGGUUUACAUGAAUUACCUACUGGACAAUAUACAAUGAAUAAUGAUGAAGAAUAUGAUAUUAAUGUAAAAUAUUCAAAAGAAGUUGUGACUCAAGUUGAAACUAAAAACAAAGAAAUACAAACAACACAAAAAACUCUUGACAAAGAAAUUCAGUUCAACUAUCUUGUACCAUCACAAGAUAAUUUAGAAGGUCUGAGUGAGUCCCAAAUAGCAGGGAAGAAGUUGUUCUUAGUUCAAGGAGACAAACCUCAACUGAUGAACUGGGAGGAGUAUGGACUGAGGAUUAGUGUACCAGAGGAUAGUCUAUCAGCAUCAGAGACUGUAGAAGUAUCAGUACUAGCUCUUGUAGGAGGACACUUCAAAUUUCCUGAAAAUACUAGACUAGUCAGUGCAGUAUAUGCAAUAUCAACCAGUCCACUCCUCAAGUCACUGAGGAUAGAAAUGCAACACUGUAUUGAUCUCAGUGAUCCUUCUUUAUCCAAGUAUCUUAAAUUUGCUGUUGCUCCAGUUCACACAGCUAGUCUUCCUUACCAUUUCUCACUAAUUGAAGGAGGAGAGUUUCCAGCAUACCAGAGAUACGGAUGGAUUGAACGAAGCAAGUUCUGUCAAUUAGCUAUUGUUGGGGAGGAAGAAGAGGAAAAUGGAGGAGGUAGGAAUGAGGAGAGGAAUGGAGAGGAAGAUGGAGACUCAGGAGAUGAUGGUAAGGAGGAAAGAGAAGGACAAGGAGCAGGAGGACAAGAAGGAGAAGCAGGUGGAGUAGGAAGGAGUGAUAGAGAGGAGGAAGGGAAUGGGUUGAAGGAGCCAGUGGAUUGUACUGAAGACUCUGAAUUAAGUACAUCACAAUCUAAAACUAUUGUCUCUACUCAUUCCACUGGUAUACCUGAAGCUACAGUGUAUGCUGGACAAGUGUUUUAUCAAAGAGAAGAGAGAAGAGAUUUAAUGACAUUUACAGCUGCUAGAGAUUUAAAUUUGCUACAUCAGUAUAUUGAAAAGAAGUAUUCAUGUCCAGAGAUUGAUCAAAGUAUUACUUUUAAACUUAAAUCACCGAAAAGACGGAUCAAACUGAAAUUUGAUAAGGAGCAGUCUCGACCAACAACAGGAUGGCAAGUUAUGCCACAUAUAAUGCCUUGUCAGAUUGAAGAGGAAGAAAUUCUUGGUUUUGGUGACAUUAGUACUACAGUCCCUCCAUCUUGCCUGGUAUCAAUAUAUGCUGAGAAUAGUCCCCAUACUGUACCUAUCCUGCAUUAUUCUGUACCAUUGAAAGGUGUGCAGAAACCAAAGGAAGUUUUUAUUAACAGAUUACUCAGAACUAACUUAUUAUCAGAUUCAGGAUAUUCACAAGCACUCAAUGUAUGCAAUUUGGAUGCAAUCCUAACUUAUCUGAAGGACGGUCAUUUUCCUAGUAGCAAUUGGCAGAUUCUAGGACUGAAACUGGGAUUGUAUGAUACUACACUGAGUGCCAUAGAAUCUAAUUAUUCUAAAGUUGAAAAUCGCCUUAAAGAGUCUAUAGUUAAAUGGUUGCAGAGAGCUGAUGGUGUAGAUGAUAAAGGAGGAACAAGCUGGACCACACUAGUUAAUGCUCUUGAACAAUGUGACAGCAAGCCAACAGCUGAUCACAUCAUCAGACAUAGAAAAUUGAGAAAGAGUAUUGAUCAAACACAGAAUGAUGAAGAUGAACAGAUUAAAAAACAAAAUCCCAAUAAUAAUAAUAAUAAUAAUAACAUAAAAGCAAUGGUAACACUAGUACUAGCAGUAAUAUUAUUAAUAAUGAUACCAAUAAUAAUAGUGUACAUGUAUAAUUACCAAUAACAAUGAUAAGUACUGUCUUCAUAAAUAGCAAUGAAACUUUUGUAUUUAAAAUGAUGUACAUAUUAAUAUUUUAUUUAUUAUGAAAAUAACAAAGUUUUUCUUAUAAAGUCCCAUGUCGUGUGAAUAAUUAUAUUGGUGCAUCAACUUCAGACUGCUGAAGCAGAGAUACAUGUAGUAUCUCUGUAUGAAAUAGUUCAAAUUUUUAAUUUUUGAAUUCAAAUAAGACAAUAGGGGUGUGACUAUUGAGUUAGUAGGCGUGGUUUAUAAUAAAAUGGUGGCCACGGGGGAAGAAUUUGUAAAGUUCUCUGAGACAGUAAAGGGAUCCUGUUAGUACAGCUUGAUAACGUUACUGUAUUGAGUAAGGACCAGGAUCAAGACGUGAUCAAGUGAUCAAGACCAAUUCAGAUAUAAAUCAAAACAUCAAAAGUUGUUGUGGAAGAGAAUCAAGAGAUCAAGGAACUUUUAAUGCUCCAUACUUCUUGUAUUCUUGAUUUCAGCUGUCCGUGUUUGUUAUUAGGCAUAUAUCUAUAUUCUAUUGAUAAUUAUUUGAGUACAUUCGUAUCAUGUUAAGCCGUAGAUAAGAUCAUCUUGAUCCUGGUCACA